AGGACAGAUAAGCAGGAGGACAGAGGAGGAGCAGGAGGACUGUGAGUUGUGCGCUGUUGCUUCCUGGCGGCCCAGCUGUUGGACUAUGCUGUGUUUGUCCACUGCGUGGCACCUCCUGAGCCGAGCUCACCGCCUCCCUCCCUGCCCCCCUCUGCCCGUCGCUCAGUCUGUUGACAUGUACGCCACCCGCCUCUACAGCACCGCGGGGGGAGGAGGAGGAGGAGGAGGAGGGGGAGGAGGUGGUGGUGUUAAACAGGGGCGAAGGGCGGGGCUGUCCAUGCUUGAUGCGCCUCAUCCCCACCUCCCCCACCACCCGGCCCCACCUCCCCCCGCUUACCCGCUAUACCAGGGUCGCCCUGAUGCCCACAGAGGAACGCACUUCCACCACCACUACCACCCCCAUCCGCAGCCUGCGCACCUGGCCCCGCCUCCGCUGCCCCCCCACUACCAGCACCACGCCCACUUCCACACAUACGGAGGGGGGGCUCCGGCUGGAGGGGUUGCCGCCACCGCCGGCAACAAGAAGAAGACGUGGAACUUCAUCCACGAAAAGAUGAGCUAUGACACGUUCUUCACCAUGAAGCGUCUGAUCGAACGCUCGCGGCAUCCUGAUGAGGUGCUGCGCUGGGUCACCCAGAACCCUGCCAAGAUCUCCCAUAACCACUACCCCGUUGCCCUGCAGAAGAUUGGACAGCUGCUACAGGCCACGCCGCCGCCUCGAGGCGGAGGGGAUGACCAUGACACUGAGGCUUCAGGAGGAGGGGGAGGGGCAGAGGCAGGUGACAGACGUCAGAUCCUGGAGCAUCAGGACUUCCAGACGCUUUGUAACGCCAUCGUCAAUGACUGCGCCAAGUUUGACAACUUCAGCAUCGUCAACUGUCUGUACGCCGUGGCGGCACUCGGUCUUCCCAGUGACUCUCAGGUGGUCCAGGUUUUGGAGGCGGAGUCUCAGUCCAGACUGAACCAAUUUAACCAGAAGGAUGUGUCCAUGGUGUUCAGCUCCAGUAUGAAGCUCCACCCGGGCAGCCAGCACCCGCUGACUGAGGCCUGCCUGGCUGGCCUGGAGAAGAACCUGGAGAGAGAGCGCCACCCGCAGACGCUCUUCCUGCUGCUCUCCUACUACAGACUCAAGUGGCGCUCGCUGCAGCCACAGGAACCCACCGCUGCUACAGGGGGCGCCAACGCCACUACAGCUAACAACAACAACACGUCUCCAAACCCUGAACAACUGCUUGCCAACAGGAAGAUCUUGCGUCUGGUCAAACACACUCUGGCGAGUGUCAGCGGUGUUCGUGACCAGGAGAUGGCACUUUUAGAUGAAAUGCUGGCAGCGUGUGUUCGUGAGGCGAGUAACAAAAGUCUGGAGUUAAUCUUCAGCUCUCACCUGUUCUACCAGAACCGACAGGAGAGGUUCAUCAGCAGCCUGGCAGAGGAGUUGCCAAAGAAGGUAGACAGCAUCACUCCGUACACGAUGGCUUUGAUUGCCAAAUACAUCGCUCGCCAUCGGCUGAGAGAGACACGACUGCUCGACACCAUCGCAGACUUCCUGGUGAAGAAGGCCGAGUAUCUGGACAGUAAGGUGAUCCAGAAGCUGGUGUUCCCGUUCAGCAGGAUGAGUUACCGUCCAUCCAACGAGCAGCAGUUCUUCUCUCGGCUGGAGGAGGUGGUGGAGCUGAAGGCGCUCAGCUCGCCACUCGCCACCGUCAACAUCCUCAUGUCUCUGUUCCAGCUGGGACAUUUCCCCGGCCUGGUGCUGCACCGAGUCUUCUCCUCCGCCUUCAUCAGCAACGUCACCAACAGUCCGUACGCUCUCAUCGUCCGGCGGUACCUCUCUCUGCUGGACGCUGCGGUGGAGCUGGAGUACCGUGAGUACACUGGACCACGCCUGCAGGACGCCCACAAGGUCCUGAUGUUUGACCAUGCCCUGACCGCUGAUGAGGUCAACCGCAAGUACAGUUAUAAAGGUCUGGUAGCUGAGGCUCUGAGACAGCUGGUCGGAGAACAGAACUACAAACAGGAUGAAGUGCUCGCUCCAGGAUACUACACAGACUUUGUCCUGUGGAUGGACGGUUCUGGGCGGGUUCUACCCAUCAGGACUGGAGCUGGUCUGGCUCUCAGCAUCGUUCCUCCGUCCUGUGUCGCCGUGGCGUCCAAACCGGCUGAUGGAGCGGUUGCUGUGGUGACUUCAGAGUUCCAGAAGUUCUCUCCGUUCACAGCACUGGAGGAGGGGGUAGAGCAGGCCUGUCACGUGGGCGAGGCGAUGGGCGGGGCCAUGGAGUCCAGGUCCUUCCUUCCCCACCACAUCCGCAGCACGCCAGGGGCCACGGCUCCCUCAGGGCCCCCACGGCCCGGGACUAACGGCGGCCCUUAUGGGCCCUACUAUGUCCCUGCAGCAGAGUACUACUCCAGUCUGGCCAAGGAGCACUCUCUGGAGAGCCAGGACAGCUCCACGCUCAGCAGCCCCCCCUCUGAUGGCCUGGCCCCGCCCGGGGCCCAGGGCCCCACAGGGGCCGCCGCCCCAGACUCACUCUUCCAGUUUUCCAUCGGGAAGAUCCUGGAGGACGAGGGGGGGACCCUGGGGGGCCCUGGGACAGACUGCGAGCUGCCGGGAUUCUACGAGGAUGUGACGUAUUCUGAGGGGUCCGGGACUGACAGAGGGCCCCCGUCACUACAGCUCCACCCCCCUGACAGACCCGACGGGGACAACCCCCCCACAGAGCAGAGACAGAUCAGGAGGGUCAUCAUGUCUGUCAACGAUAAGUGGCACUACUGCCACAACUCAGAGGUCCUGGUCGGGUCUCGAGCCAUGAGGGACCGGCACCUGAGGCUGCUGGGAUACAUCAUCCUACAGCUGCCGUACCAUGAGCUGGAGAAGCUGAAUGGCAUCGAGGAGGUGAAACAGUACCUGCACAAGAAGCUGCUGGACGUCCCACUAUGACGCCCUGUGUGUGUGUGUGUGUGUGUGUGUGUGUGUGUGUGUGUGUGUGUGUGCGCGCGCACACACGCGUGUGUGCGUGUGUGCACGUUGUGGGGGUCAGAGGUCAGCAGCCCUCUGAACGGUGACACGUUAAUGUGUUUAUUCAGAUCACAGCUGCAACUACUGAUUAUUUUAUCAACUAAUCUGACGAGUCAGUGAGAAGUUAUUGACAAGUCGGAGACGAGUCAGUGACGAUGGUUACAAACAGUGAAUGAUGACUCGAUGAUAAAAUAACGUGUUGCUGCAGCUUCACUGAGGUCACAUGAUGACUGUGCAGGUGGACUCAGACUCCCAUCAGCCUGUGCAGCUGUUUAAAGGACCGUUAUGCUGUUUUCUGACCAUUUUCCAAACCAGUCACAUCGUAGGGAUCAGAUUGACCCUCCGAACAGACUCCGCCCACACUGUGGUCAGUGUUCAGUAAAGUUCACUCAGCUCUGAGUUCCUGUCUCUUCUCGUGACGUCUGGAGCAGCUGGGUCGUUCCGCUGGCGAACACGAGAUCACAUGACGAGUCUCUGUUGUUUCCGGUGCAGUUGACGGCGGCGGUGCGUUCAGGUGCACUUUGACUCUGCAACAAUGAAUUAACAUUAGUAAUGUUCAGAGUGUCCUUGAGGGCACUGUCGGGGUUGCUGUCACCUGCUCAGGUGUGACGACUGUUUGAUUUGGAACGUGGUCAGCAGAGACAGUCCUUUAACGUGACAUUAACUGCAGGCUGUGUUCUGAUUGGUCGCUAUAUGAAUGAACAAACAUUGUAUCUUUUUUUGUGGGUGGGGGCGGGCGGGAGGGAGGGUGGGUGGAGUCCCUUUUUAUAAAGUAUGGUAACCAUGGUAACGGCAGCGAUGCAUGUACAGGACUCUGUUUUUCGGGGCGUCACUGUUUUAUAAAAUGAGGCGAUGAAGCAGGGGCUGAUGGGUACUGUAGUUCUCUCUGAGUGCACACUAAGGGAGGGAGAAGGGUAACCAUGGUAACGUUGUGAGUGUGCCAAAAGCCUGGAGGAGGAGCCAGCUGUGGUGUGAUGAUGUGUGGGUGAUUUAAUGUCGGGGUCAGAGGUCAGAUUAUUUAUUUGUGUAUCAGGUGACGGACAGAUGGACAGACAGCUUGUUUAUAUUCUAUAAAUCUAUUCAUUCAAAUGUCUAUAAAAGCUCAAACUGAA